CUGGGGGAGGCGCGCGCGCCCCGAAGAGCGAGUGCCUAGGGCACGCGCGACUGCAGGCGGGUGCGCGCAUACACGCGAGCCAGAUUCGUUGGCUUUAAAGUGCCCCGAGGCGCACAUGGUACUUCCUGUUGGGAAGAAUGGAAAGCUUCCAGCUCGAGCCGGAGCCUAUGCGAUUCCCUGCGUGCCGCCUUUUACUCGCUGCUCCGCUAAUGAUGGACUGAUCGCGCUCUCGCCGGGCAGACGCUGCUAAUAUGCUUCGGGAUUAAAUGGUUCCUUCACGUCGUCGGCGCUACUCGGCUUGUACCGCAGUUUCACUUUUCGGAGAAGAACAGUCUCUUGGGAAGCCAAGCGCAGCCCCUUUCUUGUUCGGGCCCUCUGAGUGAGAUCGUGGACUACCCCCCUACCACCCCUCCCCCUCCCCCUCGCCCCCCUCCACCCGCCCUCUGACAGUAAAACUAUUCAACAAGUUGUGUUUGGAUGUGCAUUUGUCAUGCAGAGGCUACUGGAACGGGGUUUUGUGCUUUUCUUCUGCUACACAGUCUUCAGGGUUUUCUUCGCCGCUUCUCUGCCCACUUUGACAGAAGAUCAUGUUGGAUCACUGCAGGAAAAUGAGUUUGAAAACGUCAUUCAUGUACGAAAACGAAGAGAAUCUGGGGAUCCAUACUGGGCUUAUUCAGGAAUCUAUGGACCAGAAAAUUGGGCCACAUCUUACAUGAACUGUUCUGGCAUCAAGCAGUCCCCAGUUGAUAUUAUAGAUCAGAAGAGUCAUGAAAAGGAUAUCUUGCAGCAAAUCUAUCUUGAGGGAUUUGAGAUUGAGUCCUCGAAUAGGACUUGUAUGAAAAACACUGGAAAGACAAUUGCUGUUCUACUGAAGGAUGAUUAUUUUGUCAGUGGAGCUGAUCUUCCAGGCAGGCUUAAAGCAGAAAAACUAGAAUUUCACUGGGGUCAGAAUAGAGGUUUUCCAGGUUCGGAGCACAGUCUUGAUGGAAAAAGAUAUCCUGUUGAGAUGCAGAUUUAUCUUUCAAGUCCUGGCACUGAUAAUAUUGACUUGGCAUCAAGAAGAAAUGGUAUUAGAGGAGCAAUGGCUAUAUUCCUUCAGGCUACCAUCCAGGACAAUGUCGCACUGGUUCCUAUUAUCAGUGGGCUAAAGGGAGUCGUGCAUCAUGAGAAAGAAACUUUUCUGGAUCCCUUUGUAUUGGGAAAUUUACUUCCUGCCUCACUUGGAAGCUAUUACAGAUACUCCGGCUCCCUAACAACACCACCAUGCAGUGAAACAGUAGAAUGGAUAGUCUUCAGCAGGCCUAUCUCCAUCUCCCUUGAGCAGCUGGAUGCCUUUUACUCCAUAUUUACCACUGAACAGCAAGACCACGUCAAAUCAGUGGAGUACUUGAGGAACAACUUCCGACCACAACAGAAACUGAAUGACAGGGUGGUUUACAAGUCUGCGGUCAAAGAGUCAUGGAGCCAGGCAACUGAGAACCCUGGGGCUCUACACAAUACAGAAGUAUGCAGCAGUCCACCAGUAAAUAUGACUGUGCAGCCAGUGAACAGGACCGCUUUACUUGUCACAUGGAACAGGCCAGAAACCAUCUACCACCCUCCCAUUAUGAACUAUUUGAUCUCCUAUAGUUGGACAAAAGACGAGGGGGAGAAAGAGCAAGCUUUCACCAAAAAGAAUGAUCAAAACUUGGAAGCAAUUAUCAAUCAUGUCUCUCUGGAUAAACUCUACCUGUUUCGUGUUCAAGCUGUGUGUCAGAAUGAUCUGCGAAGCGAUUUUAGCCAGACAAUGCUGUUUCAAGCUAACACAACUAGAAUAUUUGAAGGAACUAGGAUUAUAAAAACAAGAAUGCCGACAGCCUCUCCUGCUUCUUCAGCUGAUAUGGCACCAAUCAGUUCUGGGUCAUCUACUUGGACUUCUUCUGGUCUUAGUUUGCCGUUUGUUUCCAUAGCAACUGGCAUUGGUCCUUCAUCCAGUGGAAGCCAGACUACUGUGGCAUCUGUAGUAACAAGCACUUUGCUUGCAAGCCUUGGGUUUGGUGGUGGUGGAGUUCCUUCCUUUCCAAGUACUGUGUGGCCUACACGCCUUCCCUCUUUGGUUUCAACCACUAAACAUCGAGUCAAACCUGUUAUUUCAACAACUGAAGCAUUGUCGUCCCCAGGCUCAGAUGGUGGUUCUGCUGUUAAUAAAACUGGUGAGGCAGAAGGUGAAGAUGAAAAGAAGGAAAAUGAAGAUGAAAAAGGAGAAGGAGAAGAAGGAGAUGAAGAGGAAAAUGAAGAGGGAAGCAGUUUAAGGAAAGAUGUAGCAGAGAAGCAGGAGAAUGCUGUGACCACAACAACUACUAAGACACAAAAUAAAACUGAAUCAGAGAUAUCAUCGAGAGAUCCAAGUAGUCCAAGUGAAGAAGCUAUAAACUCAACCAGUGGACAAGACCAUCCAAACACAACUAUGAGUCAAACAAAUGUGACUUUCCAACAGACAACAGUUGAAUUCUUACAAACAUCCUCUGACAUUGCAACCACAGAGAACUUUCUACUUAAAAUUCCAUUCAAGCCAACACUUCCUCCAAAGAGAUGGAAUGAUGUAGCAGGCGCGUCUGCUGAGAACACAUUUGUUAUGGUAGAUCCAGAGGACAGAUCAUCUUCAAGUAUGGCCACACAAUCAUACUCACCCUCCAGCAAGAUGGAAUGGAUUAUUCCAUUGGUGGUUGUCUCAGCUUUGACUUUUGUUUGUUUGAUUCUUCUCAUAGGCGUGCUUGUUUACUGGAGAAAAUGUUUUCAGACAGCACACUUCUACGUGGAGGACAGCAGUUCACCACGAGUGGUUCCUAAUGAAAGCAUUCCCAUUAUCCCAAUUCCAGAUGAUAUGGAGGCCAUUCCAGUCAAGCAGUUUGUAAAGCACAUAAAUGAACUGUAUACCAAUAACCAACAUGGAUUCUCUGAGGAAUUUGAGGAAGUGCAACGCUGUACAGCUGAUAUGAACAUCACAUCAGAACAUUCCAACCAUCCAGAUAACAAGCACAAGAACCGAUACAUCAACAUUGUAGCUUAUGAUCACAGCAGAGUUAAAUUAAGACCAAUACCAGGAAAAGAUUCAAAGCAUAGUGACUACAUCAAUGCCAAUUAUGUUGAUGGUUACAACAAGUCAAAAGCCUACAUAGCUACACAGGGACCUCUUAAGCCUACAUUUGAAGAUUUUUGGAGAAUGAUCUGGGAACAGAACACAGGAAUCAUUGUUAUGAUUACAAAUUUAGUGGAGAAAGGACGACGAAAAUGUGAUCAAUACUGGCCAAGUGAGAACAAUGAAGAGUAUGGCAACAUUAUUGUCACCUUGAAGAGCACAAAAGUACGGGCAUGUUGCACUGUACGCUGCUUCAUCAUUAGGAACACAAAAGUUAAAAAGGGACAAAAAGGAAACCCGAAGGGACGUCAGAAUGAGCGAAUGGUUACCCAAUAUCACUAUACACAGUGGCCUGAUAUGGGGGUACCAGAAUAUGCCCUUCCUGUACUCACCUUCGUGAGAAAGUCAUCUGCAGCUCAGAUACCAGACAUGGGACCAGUAGUGGUUCAUUGCAGUGCUGGUGUUGGCAGAACUGGAACAUACAUUGUGCUUGAUAGCAUGUUGAAACAAAUAAAAGAUAAAAACACAGUUAAUGUCCUUGGCUUUCUCAAACACAUCAGGACUCAGAGGAAUUACCUAGUCCAGACAGAGGAACAGUACAUUUUCAUCCAUGAAGCCUUGCGGGAAGCAAUACAUGGGAAGGAGACAGAAGUACCGGCUGCUCAGCUACAUAGUUAUGUCAACAACAUUUUAAUUCCAGGAAUAUCUGGGAAGAUGAGGCUGGAGAAACAGUUUAAGUUGGUAACUCAGUGUAAUGCAAAAUUUAUAGAGUGCUUCAGUGCCCAAAAAGAAUGCAAUAAAGAGAAGAACAGAAACUCCUCAGUUGUGCCAUCUGAAAGAGCUCGGGUAGGCCUUGCACCAUUGCCUGGAACAAAAGGAACUGACUAUAUUAAUGCCUCCUACAUCAUGGGCUAUUACAGAAGUAAUGAAUUUAUUAUUACCCAGCAUCCCUUGCCUCACACCACAAAGGACUUUUGGCGAAUGAUUUGGGACCAUAAUGCGCAGAUUAUUGUCAUGUUACCAGACAACCACGGACUAGCAGAAGAUGAAUCUGUGUACUGGCCAAGCCGUGAAGAAUCCAUGAAUUGUGAAGCCUUUACAGUAACUCUUAUUAGCAAAGACAUACUGUGCCUCUCUAAUGAAGAGCAAGUUAUCAUCCAUGAUUUCAUCCUGGAAGCGACACAGGAUGAUUAUGUUCUGGAGGUACGUCACUUUCAGUGUCCAAAAUGGCCAAAUCCAGAUGCUCCUCUCAGCAGCACCUUUGAACUUAUAAAUGUACUGAAAGAAGAGGCCUUGACCAGAGACGGACCAACCAUUGUUCAUGAUGAGUUUGGAGGGGUCUCUGCUGGGCUGUUCUGCGGCCUUACUACUCUGUCACAGCAAUUGGAGUGUGAAUCUGCUGUGGAUGUCUAUCAGGUUGCAAAAAUGAUAAACCUGAUGCGGCCAGGCGUUUUCACAGAUGUCGAGCAGUAUCAGUUUCUAUAUAAAGCAAUGCUCAGCUUAAUCAGCACAAAAGAGAAUGGAAAUGGACCCUCGUCAUUUGACAAAAAUGGCACCAUUAUUAUCACUGAAGAAUCAGAUCCAGCAGAAAGCAUGGAAUCUCUUGUGUAAUUUGAAGAUUUUCACAAUUGGAACUUCAUUUGAAAAACAAACUUCUAAGGACUGAAUGAACUUUUGAGGCCUUUUUUUUGUCAGGUUGCAACUUUAAAGAUAACCUGGCUAAACAUUUUACAGUGAUGAGAGGUUUUGAUGUUAAAUUGAACCAUUCUGAAUCUUAUUGUUAUCCUGCUGAGUAUUUGCAUCUCUUAUUUUCACAAGAUGAAAACACAAUUUGUUCUAGUUUGCACUAUCUAAUCAGUGUUACUGCCUAUUAAAAAUCUAGUACAAAAUCUGUAAUUUCCCAGAAAUCCAUGAAAAAAUUCUGUUUGCAAUCCUCUAUAACUUGAACUUCAUAGGAAGACACAGCCUGUGUCUGGAGACAGUUUUAAGGUAAUGUGCAAACAAAAACAUUCUACAUUUUAGUUGUUCAUCAGCUCAGAUUGUUUUUUUACAGACUGAAAUGUAUUAUUGAAUUCGCUUUUAAGUAAUACAUAAUUUGAACCUGGCAAGUCCUGUAAAAUAUCAGAGAUGUAACCUCCUACAUUCCAGUGAUCAGACUACGAACAUUCAAAAAAGAAAAUUCUUCCCACAAAAUACUUUAGUGCUGGUCAGGUGUAUGGUUAGAGCUAAUAAUUUAUCAUUUUCUUGACGUUUUAUAUAUUUGUGCUGCUCCAGGCUGUAACUGAAAUGUGUGGAGAAAAUGUUCAUUUUUCAUGUGUUAGAAAAGAUAUAAAUAUCUAAGUAAGGGCAACAGUCAUCAUGCCUGCAAGAAUGUGGAACAUGAGUAACUGUUUUUCCAGGAUUGAAAUGAACAUACAGGAGACACAGGUCCAAAUGGUGGAAAGGGACGUGUGCACCAGUUCUGCUUGCACGUAGACAGCCAGCGGACACAGAAUUUAAUAUUCAUUAUAAAGAACAGGCGACAGCUAUUUGGAUGCAAGCAAUUGCUUGGAAUGACCUAACUCACUGUCAGGCGAUUGAAAUGCAGCUCUGAUAUAACACGGUGUAGAGCUGGAUGAACACAGCAGGCCAAGCAACAUCAGAGGAGCAGGAAAGCUGACGUUUCGGGCCUAGACAGGGUCAGGUCUCAGAUUUUCCAGCAUCUGCAGUUCCUACUAUCUCUGAAAUGCAGCUCUGCCUGGCUUCAGGAUUUGCAGGCAGGGCAUGCAGCUCAGCAGGGAAGAAAGUUACAAAUUUGGAAGGACAUUGUCUGAAGCCAAGCUCUUCAUUCCACUUUGCUUCUAUCUUCUAUCCCCAUCUUGUAUCCCAACUAUUUAGACCCUCAUUAUUCUAUACCAUCUUUUGGGAGCUCCCAUCACUGCCACCCAUCACUUGUUGUCUUCACCCCCCCCUCCCCCUUCUCAUACCUCCCUCCCACAGAGCAAUCACCUCCUGGAUGCCCCCUCACAGUGCUCCUCCACUUUUCCCUGCUUUUGCUGGCACUUCAGGGUCAUGAACGUAAUCCUGUCUCUCUCACCAUUUCCUUACCAUUUAAAAACUGCUGUUCAUCUGUAAUCUGAAUGUACAACCUCGUCUGAUGCACACCACCUUUAACCAGUGCAGAUGGAACAAGUUUCCCAUUCACUACUGACUAAAUCUUGGACUUCUGACUUAAUUUGGGCAAAUCUUGAUUUAAUGGCAUGCAAAUAUAAGUAAAGGGUACCUGCCACUGGACACCAUGAGUUCCUAUCCGCCACUGAAACACUGUCGACUUAAUCUCUUAAACUCAACCCGUCAUUGGAAAUACAAGAUUUUGACUCCAGCCUGCUUGAGCCAUCCCUCCUGCCAUGAUUUCCAUUCCUGGUGGCCCCAUCAAGUCCACUCCUUGGAUUCAAUUUUCUUUUUAUAGGAGGUGUAGAGAAAAGAAGAAUGAUACACGUUUUUGCACAGUUGGUUGUGUAAGUGUAAAAUGAGGGUGCAUUUUGUAGCAAUGUUACACUAUGGAUAAAUAUUGUGUGAGGUACACCAAUAAUGUUGCAUUUUUGCCAUGUCAAUAAUCAGUCUUUUGGAAAGAUUACAUGAUUUGAAACAUUUUUUAAAUAACAGUCGAGAAGAAUUUAUUAACUUACCAAAGAUAUAAAGUAGUUCUCAGCAGAACGUAGGAGUGUUUCUUUUAAAACAAAAAUGUUUUAAUUGUCUUAUUAUUUCUAAACUGCCUCUUUGGACCAGGGUCAGACUUUUAAUUUAGAAAUUCAAGAAGUGACUCAAUAAGGUGAAUGUUAAUGUUAUCAAGGUGCCAUUUCAUAUUUCAUUUCAUGAAAGGAUGAUUCCACAUAUUGAAUAAACCAUUCAUAUAGACGUCAUACCUUAAUUAUAAUUUAAAAUUGUAUGCUUUCUCCUUUUAAAGGGUUUACCAUAUUUGUAUCUAAAAAUCACGUGUGAUAUUCAGUUAAUUAUCUGCAGAUGAGGCUAUGUUCUCAGUGGGAAGAACAUAGUAGUGCUGGACUGAAAAUGCUGUCAGACUUCUCUCUGCUGUAACAUCUUUUAAAAAAAAAUACUGCUACCUGGAAGUGAAAACAGAAGUUUCAAAAUUUUUGUUAAAAAAAAAGAGAUAUUUUCACAAAGUGGGAGACAUUUUCUAUACUAGAUAAACAUUUGAUGAGGCAAACAUGAAACAAACUUUUAGGAAAUUAAAAAGCUUGAGCUGUUUUCAGGAAAAAAAAGUUUAAAAAAGAAAAAAAAACUUUUUCUCAACAAAGGGGAGAUAUUUGAAUUUUUUAAAAACCUCAUGUUUCUCCAACAUUUGGGGUCGUCGUGUUCAAAAGAAUUUUGUUUCAACAUUUUUGACAAAAAUAAAGAUAGUUCAAAUAUCAUGUCUUGAAAACCAUAACUUUUAUUCAUUCUUUAGGGUAGCAGAUACAAACAAACUGUAAAUAUUUUGUUGCUUAAACAGGCAUUCUAUGGGGACUUUGUAUCUACAAUAUAUAAUCACAGAAUUUUAUAUUUUCAUAUAAAGCUAAUUUUUUUCUAGUCUCAACUCCUUCAUAGUUUUGUGGUGGCUAUGUGGAAAGCUGUAUUUGCAUUGAGAUAGUACCAUGAAUACUGUGUCAUCACAUUUCAAAGGCAUCGAACCUAUAUUACUUCUUGGGGGCAGUGGUUGUCGAAGUUGCAGGUAUUUUCAACUAUAUUGUCGAUGUAUGCAAUAGGAAUAGAUCUAGGCAGUUGCUGAAUAAGUUCGUCUCAUGAUCCAUUUGAAAAUGUGGUGUUCUGUAACUUGAAAAAAUCUUCUUUGUUCUGUUGGAAACUAUAUUAAAUUGUUCUAUUAUAGUGUUAUUUAAUAUGUAAAUUGUAUUGCUACACAUGAAAUAAAGUAUGGAUUUUGA